AUGCAAAACCGUAUUGAAAAGUUAUCGGAAACUAAAUUAAACUCAGUCAAUUUAUUUAAAGCAGUCAAUGAACAUGCUCUAUCAUUGUGCAAUUACUAUAUUGGACUCAUUGACUUAGAACCCUGUGAAUUUGAAGAAAUUGAUAAAUUAGUCAGAAAAAUACUUAUGAAUUUGAAUGUGCAUAUGAAACCAGCUUGCAAAGAGAGACUUUACUUACCGAGAAAUAUGUUUGGAAGGGGAUUGAUAUCUAUCACUUUCAAAGCGGAGAAAAUGUUGCUUGAUUUCAAAACAAGUCUGGAAAGGCGAAAAUUUACUUCUCUGAGGAGUGCAGGAAUUCUGUGGGCUGAACAACAAAGAAAGUCACAUAUGGCCACAAUCACAGAAUUCUUGCGAAUAAAAUAUGAAUCAAGCCAGCACAUUGAACAAACACUAAAGAGUCUGCAGAUUGAGUGUCUCUUAUCAGCUAUUAAAAAGAAAACUCUCCAUUCAAAAUUAUUUGAAUCACUUAAUAAUGAGACUUUCGAUAUACAGACAUCCUCAAAAUGGAUUGUAAAAGAAAAUAUUUCCCCUAAAUCUGAAGCCAUGUUCUUCCUUUUGCAGGACAGGAGUUGA